AUAGUGAGCAAAUAGAAAUCUAAACUAGCCAGGCAAACCAAUUGCAAACGAAGUCCAACCGAUUAGAAACGAUCCCCACACAGCUGGUCUGAAAUGAGAAUCGUCGGCGGCAGUAUGAUUUCAGCCCUCAAGCGGCUUUCAUCAGUUGGAAGCCCCUCUAUCUUGGCCAGUAAUAUCCGAUCUUUGAGCACCUUUGGAACCAUGAGUCUGCCCGACCGGAAGCCAUUCUCCCCAGAUUUUUUCUUUCGACAACUUUUCGAUACAGAAAGUAGCACUUAUAGUUACCUGUUGGCCGAUUUGAAAAACGGGGAAGCUGUGAUCAUAGAUCCUGUUUUGGAGCAGGCGAAACGUGAUGCUCAGCUGGUGAAAGACUUGGGCUUUCAGUUGAAAUAUGCGAUCAACACCCACAUGCAUGCGGAUCACAUUACGGGCAGCGGAUGGCUGAGGAAACUGACGGGUUGUCAGUCCGUAAUUGCCGCAGCCAGUGGAGCCAAGGCAGAUCGUCACCUGAAAGAGGGAGAUCGCAUUGAUUUCGGCACCCAUGUAAUAGACACAUUGGCCACUCCGGGACACACAAAUGGCUGCAUGAGCUAUGUGAUCAAGGAUCAGGGCUGUGUCUUCACUGGGGAUACACUGUUGAUUCGGGGAUGUGGACGCACCGAUUUCCAGGAGGGAAGUCCCCGUCAUCUAUAUGAGAACGUUCAUGGCAAGAUCUUUACGUUGCCCGAGAACUUCCGUAUUUAUCCGGCCCAUGAUUACAAAGGUCAAAUGGAGAGCAGUGUCUGGGAGGAGAAACGCUAUAAUCCCAGACUUACCAAGGAUCUGGAAGAGUUUAUAAAGAUCAUGGACAACCUGAAUUUGCCAUAUCCCAAGAAGAUAGAUGCUUCUUUGCCGGCCAACCGGGAGUGCGGAGUAUAUGAUAUUCCCAAGGAGUGAACUGAAAACUAUACACCUUCAAAGACUUCAUAUAGGCAGCUUAUAUGAUAAUGUUGCUAUUAUAAUCUACAAAAUAAACAUAUACACUUUUUUUUAUCAAUAUCAAAA